AUGCUACGAACUUGGGUACGACCGUCGGCCGCAUAUAACCCUCUUGCUACAGUCCGAAAAAAGUUUGUCAUCUCAAUCGCAACCAUGAACGCAGCAAAGCAAGCAGCCGGCUACAAGGCCAUAGACAACCAUCUCCUUCCUUCGUUCAAGUACGUGGGCAUUGGCUCCGGAUCGACUGUGGUGUACUGCGUCGAACGCAUUGCGCAGCUCCGCGAGAAAGUCCCCGAAAUCAACUCCAUGUACUUUGUUCCCACCGGCUACCAGUCGCGCCAAUUGAUUGUGGAUGCCGGGCUUCCCCUGAUGGAGAUCGACCAGUUCUCUGCGGGCGAGCUCGACAUUGUGUUCGAUGGCGCCGACGAGGUCGACAGCCAACUCAACUGCAUCAAAGGCGGCGGCGGCUGCCAGUUCCAGGAGAAGCUUGUGGGGAAAUGCUCUAAAAAGUUCAUUGCCGUGGUCGACGACUCCAAGAUCUCCCAGCGGCUCGGUGAGCACUGGCUCCAGGGCAUUCCAAUCGAGGUCGUCCCCUCUGCGCACAAAAAGGUAGCCGUUGAUCUCAAGCGUCUCGGUGCCUCGAAGGUUACUUUGCGUUCGGGCGGCAAAUCCAAGGCCGGGCCUAUGGUCACCGACAAUGCCAAUUUUGUGCUCGACGCCUACUUUGGUGAGAUCGCUCCUGAAAGGGUUGCUGAGCUCGACCGCUCAAUCAAGCUCCUGGUCGGGGUCGUCGAGACCGGCCUGUUCGAUUACGCCGACGAGGUCUAUAUUGGCCGCACCAGCGGUCCUACUGAGAUCCUCACUCGUAAAUAA